AUGUGUGUGCAAGACGAAGAGCAAGUUGUUCAAGAUAUGGACAAUAAUAGCGCAACCAAUUCAUGGCCUUUGCAUUGUGAUCUUUUUCUGAUGGACAAAACUGAAUCUUUUCUCAGAACUUCAAGUGACAUCAAUAUCACUGCUCAAAACUCACGUCCUCUGGAAAGCAUAUUUGAGGACGCAGUGGUUGCGGAGAAGAAACAGAAUCUGAUGAAUUUUGUCCCAGCGCUUCGGUCUGGAGAGUGGUCUGAUAUUGGAAAACGCCCUCACAUGGAGGAUACUCACAUAUGCAUUGGAGAUUUGGCUAAGAAGUUUAAUAGUAACGUACUAUCUGAGGAAGCCGUUUCCUUUUAUGGUGUAUUUGAUGGACAUGGAGGGAAGAGUGCUGCACAAUUUGUCCGUGAUCAUCUGCCAAGACUUAUUGUUGAGGAUGUUAACUUUCCUUUGGAGCUUGAGAAAGUAAUGAAAAGGUCAUUUUUGGAGACUGAUGCUGCAUUUUUACAAGCAUCCUCUCAUGAGCCUUCCCUUUCUUCUGGUACAACUGCACUAACUGCAAUUAUAUCUGGAAGGUCUUUACUCGUAGCCAAUGCUGGAGACUGCCGAGCUGUCUUGUCCCAUCAUGGAAGGGCUAUGGAAAUGUCCAAAGAUCAUACCCCAAACUGCAUCGAGGAAAGGAUAAGGAUUGAGUCCCUAGGUGGAUUUAUUGUUGAGGGUUACCUGAAUGGCCAAUUAGGUGUCACCCGUGCUCUUGGAGACUGGCACCUUGAAGGAAUGAAGGAAAUGAAUGAAAGGGGUGGACCACUAAGUGCUGAACCUGAGCUUAAAUUGAUGACAUUGACCAAAGAAGACGAAUUCUUGCUAAUUGCUAGUGAUGGAAUAUGGGAUGUUUUUAGUUGCCAAAAUGCUGUAGAUUUUGCUAGAAGGAGGCUUCAAGAGCAUAAUGAUGAGAAACUAUGCUGCAUGGAAAUAGUACAAGAAGCAAUCAAGAGAGGAUCAACAGACAAUUUGACAGUUGUUAUGGUAUGUUUUAACUCGGAUCCACCACCACCUGUGGUUGUUGAAAGAGCACGAGUAAGAAGAAGCAUAUCUGCUGAGGGACUUCAGAAUCUUAAACGCCUGCUAAAAGUAUAAAGCAUUUUUGUCUGCAAAUAAACGGUUUAAUAUAUAUUUUUUAACUGUACUUAUGCACAGAUAUUCAACAAUCACACAGAUACAGAGGUAAUGAA